UGUGACGUGACCCCAGGGUCUCUUUAUAUACCCCACUCUUGCCCACCUCACACCAUUCAAGUUUAACCAACAGACUCCAGUGAACUACAGUGCUACUCUACUCCUCAAGUGCUAUAGAGCGAACUGGACUGAAGAACCAUUUUUCAAAAAGCGACAUUCUUCUCUGAGCAUAUCUAUUAAGAGGCAGCGACUACAUUUGUCAAGCCACUGCCAAUUAAAAACCAGCGACAGGCUGCGUUGCAGUAACAAGGACUGUAAAUCGGAUCAAUUCAUCAUUGUCCUGACAAGAAGAGGCUUCUUCACAAGGACAUCCGAAAAGCCUCCGGGACACUUUUUUUAAACUCUCUUCUCCAAGUUUUGAACUUUUACCACAGCAAGUGCGCUCGAGCUUGACAUCGACACGCUAAACUUUUUUUGCAGAUAACUUCACACAUCGGUCUGACUUGCUGUAUAAAAAGGGCCACACGGAAAACCGCCAACAUGACGAGCAAUAACACACAUUACUACGACGACAGCCAGCCACCACAGCACUACCAGGGCACUGACAACUUCGAGGGGGACGAGGAAGACGAGAUGCCGGCUACGGAGAAAGAUCUGGCCGAGGAUGCACCAUGGAAGAAAAUCCAGCAGAACACCUUUACAAGGUGGUGCAACGAGCACCUCAAGUGCGUCAAUAAGACCGUGACAGACCUCCAGAAGGAUUUUGGCGACGGGUUAAAGCUCAUUGGGCUCCUGGAAGUUCUGAGCCAGAAAAAGAUGUACAAAAAACACCACAUCAGACCCAACUUCCGACAGAUGAAACUGGAAAAUGUGUCCGUCGCGCUGGAAUUUCUGGACAGGGAACACAUCAAGUUGGUGUCUAUUGACUCCAAGGCCAUCGUUGACGGUAAUCUGAAACUGAUCCUAGGUCUGAUCUGGACUCUGAUCCUGCACUACUCCAUCUCCAUGCCCAUGUGGGAGGAUGAGGAUGAUGAGGAGGCUAAGAAACUGACCCCCAAGCAGAGGCUGCUGGGAUGGAUCCAGAACAAUGCUGAGCUACCCAUCAACAACUUCCACCGCGACUGGAGGAAUGGCAAGGCCCUGGGAGCCCUGGUAGACAACUGUGCCCCUGGUAAGAACUGACAUCAGGAACAGUUUAGCCCUGGGAGCCCGGUAGACAACUACAGACAGACAGACAGACAGACAGAGGACCAAAUGGGUUUAAGUCAAGUGAUCGCCCCUGAGGAGAUUGUAGAUCCGGAUGUGGAUGAACACUCAGUGAUGACCUACCUGUCCCAGUUCCCCAAGGCUAAGCUGAAGCCUGGCGCCCCCCUCAAACCUAAAGGCGUUCAGCUGUACCCCAACAAGGCCAAGGCAUACGGACCUGGUAUUGAUUCCCAUGGAAACAUGGUUCUGAAGCCAGCAGUGUUCACAGUGGAGACUCUGCAGGCAGGUCAGGCUGAGGUGCUGGUCUAUGUGACCGAUCCUGAGGGACACACUGAGGAGGCUACGGUGGUCUUUAACAAUGACAAAAACAGGACCUACACUGUCACUUACGUACCCAAGGUUGAGGGUGUCCACAAGGUUAAAGUGCUGUUUGCAGGGCAAGACAUUGACAAGAGUCCCUACACAGUGAACGUUGCCAAGGCCAUGGGUGAUCCCAACAAGGUCCAGGCCAGAGGACCAGGGCUGGAACCUACCGGCAACGUGGCCAAUAAACCCACCUACUUCGACAUCUACGCUGCAGGUGCUGGUAAUGGUGAUGUGAGCGUUGUCAUCGUGGACCCUGAGGGGAAGAAAGACACAGUGGAACUGAUCUUGGAAAACAAGGGGGACAGUGUUUUCCGUUGCACCUACCGGCCCAUGUUGGAAGGCCCCCACACCAUCCACAUCCUGUUCGCGGGUCAGGAGAUCCCCAAGAGCCCCUUCAAAGUUCAAAUCGCAGAGGCCAUCAAUGCCAACGCGUGUCGUGCCACGGGCCGAGGCCUCCAGCCUAAGGGGGUGAGGGUGAAGGAGGUGGCAGACUUCAAGGUCUUCACCAAGGGAGCCGGCAGCGGAGAGCUCAAGGUCUCAGUGACUGGACCAAAUGGAGCAGAGGCACCAGUGAAAGUUAAGGAUAUUGGGGAUGGUGUCUAUGAGUGUGAAUAUCUCCCUGUCCAGACUGGUAAAUACACAGUUAACAUCACCUGGGGAGGACAACUCAUCCCACGCAGUCCCUUCGAGGUGGAGGUGAGUGAGGAGGUUGGCCCUCAGAAGGUGAGAGCCUGGGGCCCCGGCCUGCUGACCGGCCAGGUGGGCAAGUCAGCUGACUUCGUGGUCGAGGCCAUCGGCACCGAAGUAGGAACUCUGGGUUUCUCCAUCGAGGGUCCGUCCCAGGCUAAGAUAGAAUGUGACGAUAAGGGUGACGGCUCCUGCGAUGUCCGCUAUUGGCCCACUGAGCCAGGUGACUACGCCGUCCAUGUUGUCUGUGAUGACGAAGACAUCAAGGACAGCCCCUUCAUGGCCCACAUCCUGCCUGCAGCCAAUGACUGCUUCCCUGAGAAGGUGAAAGCUUUCGGUCCAGGUCUGGCGCCCACUGGGGUCAUUGUAAACAAACCGGCAGAGUUCACCAUCGAUGCCCGUGAGGCUGGCAACGGCCACCUCAAGAUCUACGCCCAGGAUACAGAGGGCGUCACCAUCGACAUUAAGAUCACUGACAAGGGAGACGGCACCUUCCUGUGUGUGUACGUCCCCACCAAGCCCAUCAAACACACCAUCAUCAUCACCUGGGGAGACGUCAACGUGCCCAACAGCCCCUUCAGGGUGAUUGUCGGAGAGGGCUGCCACCCAGCCAAGGUCAAGGUGUAUGGUCCAGGAGUGGAGAAGACAGGACUCAAGGCCAACGAGCCCACCUACUUCACUGUGGACUGUGCCGAGGCUGGACAAGGAGACAUUAGCAUCGGGAUCAAGUGUGCUCCAGGAGUGGUGGGUCCAGCYGAGGCUGACAUCGACUUUGACAUCAUCAAGAACGACAAUGACACCUUCACUGUCAAGUACACUCCCCCUGGCGCAGGGAAAUACACCAUCAUGGUGCUGUUCGCUGAGCAGGAAAUCCCCAUCAGUCCAUUCAGAAUUAAGGUUGAUCCUUCCCAUGAUGCUGGCAAAGUGAGGGCUGAGGGCCCAGGACUCAACAAGACAGGCGUGGAGGUGGGCACUCCGACCCACUUCACCAUCUUUACCAAGGGAGCAGGCAAGGCCAAGCCUGAGGUCCAGUUCACAGCAGCAGGCCUGAAGGGGGAAGCUGUGAGGGACUUUGAGAUCAUCGACAACCAUGACUACUCUUACACUGUCAAGUACACCGCCGUUCAACAGGGUCAGAUGAUCAUCUCCGUYACCCAUGGAGGGGACCCCAUUCCCAAGAGCCCCUUCAAUAUUACUGUGGCUCCUCCUAUAGAUCUGGGAAAGGUCAAGGUUACAGGACUCGACACCAAAGUAGAAGUGGGAAAGGACCAGGAGUUUUCCAUCAACACCAAGGGAGCUGGUGGGCAGGGCGAGGUAGCCGUCAAGAUGACCUCACCCUCCGGCCGACCAAUCCCCUGCAAGCUGGAGUCAGACGCGGCCAAUGGUGCCCACUCUGUGAAGUACAUCCCCCCAGAGGAGGGGCCUUACAAGGUGGACGUCAGCUACGAUGGGAACCCCGUCCCUGGAUCCCCCUUCGCAGUGGAGGGAGUGAUGCCUGCUGACCCCUCAAAGGUACGCGCUUAUGGCCCAGGCCUGAAGGGAGGCAUUGUGGGUAAACCAGCUCCAUUUGCCAUCGACACCAAAGGAGCGGGCGCCGGUGGGCUGGGCCUGACGGUGGAGGGGCCUUGCGAGGCUAAGAUUGAGUGCCAGGACAACGGAGACGGAACCUGCUCAGUUUGCUACUUGCCCACUGAGGCUGGAGAGUACGCCAUCAACAUCCUGUUUGGAGAGCAGCACAUCCCUGGGUCUCCCUUCAAGGCAGCUGUGAAGCCAUGUCUCGACCCCAGCAAGGUAACAGCCAGUGGGCCAGGCCUGGAGAAGGCCAAGGCAGGCGAACCAGCCUACUUCACAGUGGACUGCACCRGUGCCGGAGAGGCUGAACUCACCAUUGACAUCGUCUCUGAGUCCGGGGCUCAGGCCGAGGUCCACAUCCARAAGACUGCAGAUGGGACCUUCUCUGUCACCUACAUCCCACCCUUCCACGGCACACACACCAUUACCAUCAAGUACGGGGGUCAUGUUGUACCCAAGUUCCCCGCGGUCAUCCAGGUGGAGCCGGCUGUGGACACUAGCGGUGUGCAGGUCUAUGGACCAGGGGUGGAGCCCAGAGGAGUCCUCAAGGAGGUCACCACCCACUUCAUUGUGGACGCCCGUAAAACGACCAAGAUUGGCGGUGACCACGUGAAAGCACGCAUCAUCAACCCUUCAGGCGCCAACACAGACGCCUACAUCACAGACAAGGGAGACGGAACCUACAGAGUGGAGUAUACCGCCUUCGAGGACGGUAUGCACCUGAUUGAGGUGUUGUAUGAUGACGUGGCGGUCCCUAAGAGUCCAUUCAGGGUGUCUGUGGUGGAGGGCUGUGACCCCACCCGGGUCAGGGCCUACGGGCCAGGCCUGGAGGGAGGACUUAUCAACAAACCCAACUGCUUCACCGUCGAGACCAGGGGUGCUGGUACCGGAGGCCUGGGCCUGACCAUCGAGGGAGCCUCUGAGGCUAAGAUGACCUGUAAAGACAACAAAGAUGGCAGCUGCAGCGUAGAAUACGUUCCCUUCACACCUGGAGAGUACGACGUCAACAUCAACUUCGGAGGACACCCCAUUCCAGGCAGUCCGUUCCGGGUGCCAGUGAAGGACGUGGUGGACCCUAGUAAGGUGAAGUGUUCAGGUCCAGGGCUGGGGGAUGGAGUCAGAGCCCACGUACCUCAGGCCUUUACUGUGGACGCUACCCAGGCUGGAAAGGCAAAAGUGGAAGUACAGCUAACAGGACCAUCAGGUUCUGCUGAGCCUGUUGCUGUGAAGAACAAUGGUGAUGGCACACACACGGUCAACUACACCCCAGCUCAGGACGGCCCUUACACUGUGUCUGUCAAAUACGGAGAUCAGGAGGUCCCUCGCAGUCCAUUCAAGGUGAGAUCUCAGCCUGGUCAUGAUGCCAGUAAGGUGCGUGCCAGCGGUCCAGGUCUGGAUAAAUCAGGUGUGGCCGCCAGCCUACCAGUGGAGUUCACCAUCGAUGCGCGCGACGCAGGAGAGGGACUGCUCACUGUACAGAUACUGGAUCCUGAGGGCAAGCCAAAGAAGGCCACUAUCCAUGACAACAGAGAUGGGACGUACACAGUGUCCUAYGUACCAGACUCCACCGGCCCCUACACCAUCACCAUCAAGUAUGGAGGAGAUGAGAUCCCCUACUCCCCCUACCGCAUCUCAGCUCUGCCCACYGGAGACGCCAGCAAGUGUCUGCUUACUGUGUCUAUCGGAGGCCGUGCCCUGGCGUCGGGUCUGACCAAGAUGCAGGCGCACGAAGAGACCAUCGUCUCCGUUGACGCAAAGGCUGCWGGGAAGGGCAAGGUGACCUGUUCGGUGACGACCCCAACGGGGGUGGAGCUAGACAUGGACGUUCAGGAGAAUCGUGACGGAACCUACGACAUCUACUACACGGCUCCGGAACCUGGGAAAUACGUAAUCACCAUCCGGUUCGGAGGACAACACAUCCCCAAGAGCCCCUUCCAUGUAACGGCCACCAAGGAGCCUGUUGUCCCUAGCGAUGGCAUGGAUCAGUUCAGACCUCUUAACCUGGUCAUCCCGUUCACCGUUCAGCAGGGACCGAUCACGGGUGAGGUGCGUAUGCCCUCCGGUAAGACGGCUCGUCCCCACAUCACAGACAACAAGGAUGGGACCAUCACAGUCAAGUUCAACCCUACUGAGAAGGGUCUGCAUGAGAUGGACAUCAAGUAUGAAGGAAACCACAUCCCAGGAAGUCCCCUCCAGUUCUAUGUCGAUGCUAUAAACAGUGGUCUGGUGACAGCGUAUGGGCCUGGGUUGUGUCAUGGCACCGUCAACAAACCCGCCACCUUUACCGUCGUCACCAAGAACGCUGGAGAAGGUGGUCUGUCACUGGCUGUGGAAGGUCCCUCUAAGGCAGAGAUCAGCUGUAAAGACAAUAAGGACGGUACCUGUACUGUGUCCUACCUGCCCACCUCACCAGGAGACUACAACAUCAUCGUCAAGUUUGACAACAAGCACAUCCCUGGCAGUCCCUUCACUGCUAAGAUCACUGGUGAUGACUCUAUCAGGACGUCCCUGCUCAACGUGGGAACAGCAGCAGAUCUAUCCCUGAAGAUCACAGAGUCUGACCUGAGCCUGCUGACAGCUAGCAUCAGAGCUCCAUCAGGAAACGAGGAGCCCUGUCUGCUCAAGAGAUUGCCCAACAGACACAUUGGUAUCUCCUUUACCCCUAAGGAGGUGGGAGAGCACGAGGUGAGCGUGAAAAAGGCCGGUAAGCACGUGACCAACAGCCCCUUCAAGAUCCAGGUUGGCCAGUCGGAGAUUGGCGAGGCCAGCCGGGUCAAGGCCUUCGGUAAAGGACUGGUGGAGGCACAYACCUUUGAAAUGGCGGAGUUCUUUGUGGACACUAGGAAUGCAGGUUAUGGUGGUCUGGGAUUGUCUAUCGAGGGUCCGAGUAAAGUGGAUAUAAACUGUGAGGAUGUGGAGGAUGGGACUUGCAGAGUCAGUUACUGCCCCACAGAACCAGGCAACUACAUUAUCAACAUCAAGUUUUCUGAUAAGCACAUCCCUGGAAGUCCUUUCACAGUGAAGGUAACAGGAGAAGGAAGGAUGAAGGAGAGCAUCACCAGGAAGAGAACAGCCCCCUCCAUCGCCUCUGUCGGCAGCGCCUGUGGCCUCAACCUCAAAAUCCCUGGAAACUGGUUCCAGAUGGUGUCAGCCCAGGAGAGGAUGACUCGCACAUUCACACGCAGCAGCCACACGUACACGCGCACAGAGCGCACGGAGAUCAGCAAGAUGAGGGGCGGAGAGACGAAGAGGGAGGUGAGGGUAGAGGAGAGCACCCAGAUGGGAGGAGCAGGAGGAGGCAGUCCCUUCAGAGAUGUGUUUGGGGACUUCCUGGGCAGAGAGAGUCUGGCUAGCUUCGCUGGUAUACCCGCUACAGCCACACCAACACCUGGUGAGACAGUUACCCAGGGUAGUAUGACAGCCCAGGUGACCAGCCCCGGGGGUAAAACAGAACAGGCAGAGAUCGUAGAUGGCGGGGAUAGCACCUACAGCGUCCGCUUCGUACCCCAGGAGAUGGGGGCCCACACGGUCAACGUGAAGUACAGCGGGCAGCAUGUCCCCGGAAGUCCCUUCCAGUUCACUGUUGGGCCCAUGGGAGAAGGAGGGUCCCACAAGGUCCGGGCCGGAGGCACUGGGCUGGAGAGAGGAGUGGCAGGAGCACCAACUGAGUUCAGUAUCUGGACGCGUGAGGCUGGUGCAGGAGGUCUGUCCAUCGCAGUAGAGGGGCCCAGUAAGGCUGAGAUCUCAUUUGAAGACAGGAAGGAUGGAUCCUGUGGGGUGGCCUACAUCGUUCAGGAGCCAGGUGACUAUGAAGUGUCUAUCAAGUUCAACAACGAGCACAUCCCAGACAGCCCCUUCAUCGUUCCCAUAGCAACGCUGUCUGACGAGGCACGCAGACUCACUGUCACCAGCCUGCAGGAGAAGGAUCUGAAGGUGAAUCAGGAAGCGUCGUUCGCUGUGCAGCGUAACGGGGCGAGGGGCGUGGUCGAUGCUAAGGUCCACACCCCAUCUGGCUCAGCUGAGGAGUGUUACGUCACCGAGCUGGACAGUGACAAGAACGCGAUCCGCUUCAUUCCACGUGAGAACGGCGUGCACUCCAUUGACGUCAAGUUCAACGGCAGUCACAUCCCCGGUAGCCCGUUCAACGUGCGGGUGGGGGAGGCAGGACAGGCUGGAGACCCAGGCAUGGUGACAGCAUACGGGCCUGGACUGGAGGGAGGAUCUACAGGCGUGGCCUCUGAGUUCGUAGUGAACACGUGUAACGCGGGGUCAGGUGCCCUGUCUGUGACCAUUGACGGACCCUCUAAGGUCAAGAUGGACUGUUCCGAGUGCCCCGAUGGCUACAAGGUUAUCUACACUCCUAUGGCCCCCGGCAGCUAUCUCAUCAACAUCAAAUACGGAGGACCCAACCACAUAGUGGGCAGCCCCUUCAAAGCCAGAGUCACAGGUACCCGUCUGUCCGGUGGUCACAGCCUUCACGAGACGUCCUCGGUGCUGGUAGAGACGGUCACUAAGACUUCCAAGGUGGCCGGAGCGUACAGCUCCUUAUCGUCCUCAUCCAAACUGACCUCAGAUGCCAGCAAGGUGGUCUGUCGAGGCGCAGGGCUCUCCAAGGCUCUGGUGUCUGGCAUCAGUAGUUAGAUUAACAUUUCUUCUCAAUCGUAGUACUCUAGCUAAAGCAAAGCAGGCUCUAACAUGUUGCUGGUGGGAGUGCACGGCCCCACGACCCCUUGUGAAGAGGUGUACGUCAAACACAUGGGCAACCGCCUCUACAACGUCACCUACACUGUCAAAGACAAGGGAAACUACAUCGUUAUCGUCAAGUGGGGCGACGAUAGUGUCCCCGGCAGCCCCUUCAAUGUAGCUGUGCCUUGAAGGAACUUGAAGGAACACCCGACCCCUGAUCCCCACCACACCUUGCUGCGUUGCACCGCUACACUCCUCAGCGGACUACUGUAGAACCGCCUCUCUCAACAUGCACUAAAGAAUUCAAGAAUCAGAUUUCAGCCUUAAUUUAAAGAAUGUGCCAAAAGCUUGUUGUAUUUAACUCUGUUACUGUUUUUAGAGUGAAGUUCUAGGUGACUAGUGUGGCGUCAUAGAGAUGGUAAGAGGCGACUGCCCUCUAUCCAACUCUAUGUGUACUGGAGACAUGCUCCAAGUCAUGUGAUGUUGGUCUAAGUAUUUUGACUGGUACAAGAUCCUGUCCCACCAAUAGAAAGGGAUUAUUGUGUAGCAAUGAAAUGGCUUAAUGUGUGAGUGUUUAGGACAUCAGAUAAUUUGCUUAUAAACAGUAUUAAAGUGUGAUAUUAUAUGAUUUUGUAUGCUUAAAGACAUUUGAAAAGGUAUUUUUAUUAUAUUAACCAAUUCCUUGGUAAGUCUUUGCAGACCUAAUAAUAAAGAUUUAACUGCUACCUUGGCAGAAUACGA